AUAUUGCUAAUAAAUUAAUUUUCAUUUUUAUCAAAAUAAAUUAAAAUUGUAAAAACGCAAUACGUGAUAGAAUUGAAUUUAAGAUCGAUAUUUAUAAUCAAAUCUUAUAUUUAAGUAUCGUUUACCUUAACUAAUUAUAAGAACCUUAUUAACACCUUACUUGAGGCGAUCUUGCAAGAUCGUCAUUUUAUAAAAUAAGAAUCGAAUACCAGUCUAAGAUUUGACUUUUAAAUCAAUGUACAAUUAAUUAUACGUGGUAGAAUUAAACAUUUACAUUAAUUUGUUUGAUUCAUUUUUCUUAAUUUCUACAUUUUAGAGAAAUACACAAGUUAUCGCAGGUAUUUUGUAACACAAAAGUUAUUUAUUUAAAGAAUCUUAUAAAUUAGAAUGCAAAUUUAUUGCGAGAAAUUUUAAGAGUUUUAAUUGGUAGCUUAAAUUAACCAUAUAUUUUAAACCAUAUAAACUCUCUUUAUUCAAUUGAUUGGCCUAACUUUCAAGUAUUGAUACUCUGGGGGCGUUCAAUAUAUCAGCAGUUUCAGAUUUCAUGAGGCGUCUGAUUGUUACGGUAUGGUAACGAAGAGAAUUAGUUCAACUAGAGCCGUUGGCUCGUUCCGAUCAAGAUGAGAAUAUUACAGGUGUUCGGAUUUUUCAUAAUCUUCUGGCUUGGUCAAUUUUCUUUUACUGUUGGAAGGGUAAUGAUAGAAGAAGAUGAUGUUAUAACACGAGGAUGCAAAGAUUUAGAAAGUACGACACCACUGUUGCGUCUUAAAAAGUCUCUUUUCUGCGAAUAUGAUUCUACCGUCCGUCCGAAUCAUCAUAAAGUUGCUACCAACGUGACACUUAGACUAAUGCCAAAAAUGAUGGAAUUCGCAGGGGAGGGUGUACUGACACUUCAUAGCUGGAUGUCAUAUUCUUGGACAGAUACAUUUCUUACUUGGACACCGAGCGAUUACGACACGAUUACUUAUAUUCACGUGAAAGCCUAUAGUAUUUGGAUACCCGAUCUGUAUGUCUAUAACUCUGGUGAUAUGGCGAGUAAUGAAUACGACACGAUUUACAAUACAGAAUGUUUGCUCUUUAAUACGGGUUCUGUCAAUUGCGUGCUGCCUGUAAAAUAUCUUUCAAAAUGUAAUCCUGAUUAUACAUAUUGGCCUCACGACCAGCACAAAUGUAACAUUACAAUAGGCUCAUGGUCGCACACAGGAGAGGAGAUCGAUAUCAGUCUAGAUGAAAAUGGAAUUGAAAUGGACGGCUACGAGAAUAAUACCGCAUGGGAUUUCAAAUUUAUAAAUGCAGAAAAAACCGUUAAGAAAUAUAAAUGUUGUCCGAACGAUACAUUUCCAAGAGUCGAUUAUACAUUUUUAUUAACUCGGCAUCACGACAUAAAUCAUAGAUCUUACAUCACACCAGCUAUCGCUUUGAUAUUCCUCACUCUAACGGUGCUCUGGUUGGAUUCAAGAUCGGUUGAACGAGUAGCGAUUGCGAGCGUCAAUUUGAUUUGUCAUUUACUCUGCAUGUUUGAUUUGCAUUGGCAAUUGCCGUAUAAUGGCGUUAAUCCUCCGAAUAUAUUGCUAUUCUACCGCGACUCCUUGGCGUUGGCUACCUUUGCGUUAAUUCUGACGGUCUUCUUACGCAAACUGCAAAACAUGAGUAUGGAAAUGCCAAGUUGGAUGUCUUCCACGACAACGUUUAUCUUGAGCAAUAGGGCUGGUCAAUUCUUGAUCUUGAACGACGAAGAAUCCAAAAUAGCAAGUGGAGAUUCAGUGACUGAAAACAGUUCGGAUCUUCCAAAGUCUGAAAUAAAGAUGAAAGAAUCGUCCUGGAGACAUUUCUCCGCUAUUAUUGAGUGGUUGUCAUUUUUUUGUGUGAUCAUUACUUAUAUCAUUAUUUUAAUCAUUCUUUUACCUUCAGGGGCCAUAAAUUAAUCCAUUUGUACAGUUGAAAUAUUUUGCAAUUAAAACAUUUUCCAUAAUGUUUGAAUCCUUUCAAACAGUCUGUAUUACAUUUUGUGAAAGAUUGAAAUAAAUAUUUGUGUAAUAUAAAUGAAUAAAUAAUUUACACUAUUUUUAA